GACAUGAGGACUGGAUAUUUAGUCAAAGGCAUACAUACGACAAUCAGCGAGAGUGUCAGCACUGAGUCGUCAGGUUAAGGCAUUGCUGGCCCUGAAGGGGUAAAAGAGCAGUAUCGACACAAGAAUAUCCUUUAACCGCUAAGGUGGAAGUCUUUUAAGUAGAAGUGAAUUGAAAACAACAAAUAAAGGAGAUGUCGAUAUCAGGUCUUUUUGUCUCGACUGUGCUUUGCGCAUGCGCACUGUCCGGAGUCAAAGGUCAUGGACGCCUGAUGUCUCCCCCCUCACGUGCAUCACUAUGGAGAGAUCCUCGUUAUAAAACUUUGGCUUCUGCACUGCAAAUCCAAGACUAUAACGACAUGGGCAUGAAUUGUGGAGGAUUCUGGAGACAGUGGGGCCUAAAUGGCGGGAAAUGUGGAAUCUGUGGGGACCCAUGGGACGUCCCUGAUAAACCCCACGAGUUUCCCAACGGAAAAUACGCAAAAGGCAUUAUAGUGGACAAAUUCAAAUCAGGUGAUAUCAUGCCGGUCAAAGUUCAGCUCACGGCCAAUCAUCGGGGCUGGUUCGAGUUUCGUCUUUGCCCGCAUAACGACAAUACAAGUGAGGCUACUCAAGAAUGCCUCGAUCAGCAUGUUCUGAAGAUAGCUGGAGGUAGCUCCACGAGAACUACGGUGUACUCGAAUAUAUAUAAUUACAAUAUACAGCUACAACUACCAAACGAUCUGACAUGUGAGCGGUGUGUAUUCCAGUGGAAGUACCAAACGGGCAAUAGCUGGGGUGUCGAUCCGAUCACCAAGAACGGUUGUCUCGGGUGUGGAAUCAAACAUGAGCAAUUCUAUGCAUGCUCAGACAUCGCUAUCGAGGCGUCCGAAACAAGCGGUGGCGAUGAUGGCGGUGACAAUAAUGGCGGCGAAGGUAAUCACGGAGGUGCAGGAGGUGAUGGAAGUGAUAAUGGCGGCAACGACGAAGAAGGAGGUGACAAUGGUGGCAACGGUGGCAAUGGCGGCGAGGUGACCAAGCCACCGUGUAAAGGCGCUGGCAAAUUGGCGAACAUACCGGAAGUUGCCGUCCAGUGUAAAAUAACAUGCGCAUCCGGAUGUUGUCCACGAGAAUUGUGUGACGACGCGUGUCGAAAUUUGUGAUGAGGAGCGCUCCAGGACUGUCCACACUCCUACAGACCCCGUGCUGUGUGAUCUGUGAUACCUGUUUUUCGUACUUCGUUGAAAGGCCCUCCUUGUGACAUUGUGGCGUGUUUUAAUACUAUUAUUCCGGAAAUUUUCAAACAUAGAAACUGGCACCAUCUAACCUGGAGCGGCAUAGUAGAAGGGUGUUCAAAAAACCUUGAGACUUCUUAAGUGCGACCAUGCCGUCCGUACACAAAUGAGAUGAAUGGCCCCUCAGCCUCUCAUUAGAAUAGACACAAUAUCGAAUGCUAAACAUAUGUACAACUCAAAACCGGUGAGGUGAUAUUUUGAGCUUUAAU